AUGACGGGGGGCUGGUUUGAGGGAGCCCCUGGGGAGGGAUUGAGUCGCUUCUGGCGGAUCUCAGGUCGGCAGCAGCUGCUCGGGGACCCGGCUGGCUCCAGGAGCAGGUCCAGCAGCUGCUCAGAGGGGCGGCUGAGGCUCCCGUUUCGCCUCAGCCACGGGCAUCCCGGCCGCGGCGGGCCCGGCCGCCGGCGCGCCUCAGCCCAGAUAUGGCCUCCCCUCGGGCUCAGCGCCGCAGACGGAGCCCUGCUUCUCAGGACCCUUCACGCCUGCAGGCGCCGGGUGCAGUUCCUUCCCGGGCGUCCAGACGUGGAAGGAAUCCAGCCAGUAGGCGGAGCUCUCGGGCAGGCCUCAGCAGGCCUCAUCAGCAGUGCAGCAGCGCCACCUUGUGGUCGGGACCGGGAACGGCGGGCUCUCUCCAGGAUCCUGAUGUGGAUGAGGCCCCUCAGCAUGAGCAGUCUUCCAGAGGGCACGGGGCUGCUGCGGACCUUGGCAGCAGGCCCUCGUCGGCCAGGCAAGUCGGGGAGGGAGUCGUCGCCUCGCAAGUCGUUUCCAGAGAGGAUCCGGAAGAUCACGUCCCUGGCCCCAGCCCGGCCAGGGGACAUCCGUGGGAGCUCGCUGUGCCAGGACCGUCUCAGAGGACCGAGCGGCGGGAGUCAGGACCUUCGGCUGAUGGGGUCACAGCACCCAGGCAGCCAGUGGGAGCGUUUCCGCCAGCUGGCCCCGGGGGCAGAGGAGCGCGGGCUGGACUGCCCGAGUGGCCUGUGGGAACUUCUGGAGACACCGUAGCUGGUCUCAUACGGGCUUCACUUGCACCCGGUACGUGGGAGACAUAUGAGAGGGCAUGGCAAUGCUGGGAGGAUUGGAAGACCAGGUUGGCUGUUGUGUCGGAUGACUUUGAGAUUCCCUUGCUAUUGUUCAUUGGGCAUUGUAGGGAGGAGGGGUGGUCUGUCUCUAGGAUUAAUAGUUGUGUUUCAGGAUUGGCGUUCGGUUUUCGUCUUAGACAUCUGCCGGACGUCACCAAGUCUUUUCUGGUGGUGAGGGCUUUGAAGGGUUGGCGGCGUUCUCAGUCAGGCCAGGAUGACCGUAGGCCGGUGUCCUUUGCUUUGCUGUUGAGGCUGGGGGAUCAAUUAGUCGACGUUUGUGCCUCGCCGUGGGAGUUACGUUUGUUUCGGUUGGCUUUUUCGCUGGCAUUUUUUGGGGCCUUGCGUUUGGGCGAGUUGGUUUCUCCGUCGGUUAAGAGACAAGGUGGUUUGUUUAGGGACGACGUAGACCUUUUUCAGGACAGGGUGGAGUUUCGUAUUAGGCGGUCAAAAACUGAUGUGGAAGGGAGAGGUCGGAAGGUUGUUUUGUUUGCGGUCCCGGGUUGCGCAAUGUGUCCGGUAUUUUGCUUGAGGGAGUACGGGGUUGCGGUGGUGGGGACGAAUUCCCCUCUCUUAGUGCAUGCGGACGGGUCUUUCCUUUCCCGUUUCCAGUUCACGGCGGUCUUUAAGCGGUGUUUAGGGCUGUUGGGCUUAGCGCUUGGGGGUUACUCUAGCCAUUCUUUCAGAAUUGGGGCUGCGACGGAGGCGGCCAGACGUGGAUUGGGGCAGGAUGUUAUCAUGCGGAUAGGAAGGUGGGAAUCGAUUCGCUUUAGAUCAUAUAUUCGUCUGGAUCGGUUGUGAUAUUGCAUUGUAUUCUGUCUCAUCCCGCACGGUAUGCUUUUGUUAUUGUUAUUUCGUUGCAGGUUCGGACCCAGCGCUAAUCUGGAUAAUGGGUCACUCCUAUGUUUUCUGGGGAGCCAUCCGGGCAGCGGUUCGGCCGGAUGGACAACAGUUGGGGAUUGACCGGUCGGUGGCGGUGGUAAGAUGGUUGGGGCGUAGGGGUAUGGUGUGGGGGGGCGUGUUACCUGAGGUCCACAAGUUUGUUAGGUUGGAUAGAGUGCCGGAUGUGUUGGUGUUGCACGUGGGGGGCAACGAUUUGGGGGCGCGGCCGUUGCGGGAAUUGGUGAAGGACGUUAAAUUCGACCUACUCCGGUUGUGGGCGCUGUUCCCGGGUCUUAUUUCCGUUUGGUCGGACAUUGUUCCCCGCAAAGUGUGGAGGGGGGCGCGUUCGGUGGAGGGGGUAAAUAAGGCUAGGAUAAAGGCUAACCGGGCCAUAGGGCGGUUUAUGGCAAGGAAUGGGGCAGUGGUAGUACGGCAUACCGAACUGGAAAAAGGGGUUGGAGCUUUUUGGCGGUCGGACGGCGUUCACUUGAACGCAGUGGGGAUUGACAUGUGGUGUCUGGCAAUACAGGAAGGCAUUGAGACAGCUUUGCGGAUGUGGAGGGACGCACAGGCUUAAGGUGUCAAGCAUGUGCGUUCAUGGCGGUGGGAGGUCCUUGAAGUUGGAGAGAUUCAGGUGACGAGGAUGGGAGGGCUCCACGGUUGGGGCUGGACUCCUAUGGCUGGUGGUCGGUUGUGGCGGAAUUUGGGCGAGCCGUCAGUGGUGCCUCCGAGCUGGUGCUUAACGGCUGGGGGCAAGUCGGCUCAAAAAGGAUACUGGGAAAAUUCCGAGGUUUGGGGCUUCCAGGACCUCCCCCGUGUUACUCAGGUGAAUUAAGUUGGUUAUAUCUUAUGGGGAUGUUUUUGUGGGAAA